AAGCAACUAUUUCAUGAAAUGGAUAUUAAAAUUUACGUUUGUUUUCUUCUGUCAUCUGUGUUUUGCAUAUCAGAAUCAUCAUUUUGUUCUCCUGAUAUGGAGUAUCACGACCACACCCGGACGUGUCUAAAGCUGUUUGAGAGAAGAGAAUACUAUGUGCAGGCCAAAUCUUUCUGUCAAAGAAACGUUUCGGGGGGAAAAGAUAACUCCAAGAGAGGAUAUCUUGUGAGGAUCUACGAUAAUACGACAGACAACUUUGUAAAAGAUUAUCUAAGAAGGAACGGCGUGAAUACAGCUUUGAUAGGACUGAACGACCGUGCGAUACAAGGCGUCUUUCGAUGGGACGAUAUUGAAGAGGAAGUGACGUAUUUUGGAUGGGCCAGAAUACCUUUCACACAAAACUCUUCAAUGAAUAGCGUAGUUAUAGAGAGCGAUGGUUGGAGAGAACAUAGUGGCCAGCAGGAGCGGUUUAUUUGUCAAGUCGAAGCGGAUUUACCCGAAGCCAAAAUGACGUGUCCACCUGCCCAAAUUAGUGACUUAGACCACCAAAUUGCUUGCGUCGUCAACUUGCGGGACCCAUCUAUAUUUAGAAGUUCAUCUUUGACCAAAGAUAACGAGUUUGUAGCCCGCUGUGGGCCGUCAAGCUGCACAUCCACCCUGCAGUAUGAUGCUGUGGUCAGGAGUGGGACCACAACAGUCGCGAUACCUAUCGUCAGUCGAGACCAUGAGGGCAACUGGACAUGUGCCAUUCAGUUUGACGGGAGCAGUUAUGUUGCGAGAGAUUCGUGCCUUUUGCAAGUAUUAGAAAGACCUCAGUGUCCUACGAACCUUAGUAUUAUAGCAGAGGGAAAGAGUUUCCUCCUAUCAUGGAUGGAUGGAGAUGAUGGGGGAGCAAAACAAACUUUUGUCGUUCUACAAGCCGCAUCAAAUAAAGAAUUCACUGAAGUUGGACAAAUCAAUGACACACUGGGCAAUACGACAACAUACAAGGUGGCAGGACUGGAACCAAACACAGCGUACAUAUUCUCUGUCAAUGUCUAUAACGACAUAGGAACCACAGACUGUUCUCAUAUCACGGUCUCUGGAAGAACAUCUGCUACUGAAGCUGUCCAAACAGAUACAGAUGCAACUAUCAUCAUAAUUGUUGCUGGUUGUGUAAUACUGAUUGUAGUUGGAGUUGUUAUAUGCUUUCUUGUGAGAACCAAAUUCAAAAAUAAGAGCGAAGCAGCCUGCCUUGUUUGUCAGCACACAACUGAACCGAAGACAACAGAAGUAACAGAGAUGACAGAUCAGUUACGCACUUUGACACUUCCGACUGACGACGACGGAUACUUGAUGGCAGCAGAGGCUAGGCAAAAUUUGGUUUCACAAACACAGUCAGGUCUAGUGCCUCAGUUAGUAGCUAGAGACAACACGGCAGCAGAACUUCACAGACGUCAGUCGAGCCAAAUCUCAAUACAAGCACCAACAAACCAGGCGAACGAAAACCCUUACGAUAUGGUAGAAGAUGACCAAAGAGCAAUACAAGCACCAAGAAAUCAAGCGAACGAAAAGCAUUACGAUAUGAUAGAAGAUGAACUUCCAGAAUUUGUAAACAAUUCUAAUUUUUGUGACGCCCAUCAUCAAGAGCUACAUCAGGGUACGUCACCUAAGCACGUAGCACCAUUUCAAGACAGCGACACGACAAACUAUGGUAACAUUAGCUCUGGCAAUGUGAAAACCAUAAUGGACUACACAUCGUUAUAUGAGACUCCUGAUAACAACACCUAUAACAACGGAGAACACCAGUAUGCCGUAUUUAAAUUAAAAUAAAAUAAUGUAAAUUUUCUGAGGACUUGAUAUUAGACUUCAGAUAUAUACAUUGUUCCUUGUAAAGAAUUUGUCUUUUUAAGAUCAUGAGUUUGAAUUUUAAUACACAGCUCGUUAGUCUUCAUUAUGUACAUGUGACAUGAUGGAUUUUAUUAUUUUUUGCUUAAUGCUUUUUUACCCUAUUAUUUACUACAUUAAAAUGUUUUAACACAUGCUUAGACUG